AUGUCACACUAUGCUUCCGCAUCAAAAUCCUACGAUGAAGGAGAUUAUGCGGGAGACGAUGAUGAUAUGGAAGAUGAUGAUGGAUAUGACUGUCUGAGUGACUACGAUGGUGAUAUGGAUGGCGCCAGUGCUGCAGCUAGUGGCGAAGGCCCUAGCAAUGGAGGGGACAGACGCAGUGAUGGCUGUGCAUCUCGAUCCUCAUAUCAUCACGGAGGAAAAGUCAGUAUAGGUGGUAACGGCCGCCACAGAACAGAUUUUCGCCGAUACCGGAAUGCCAGUGACAGAGUCAUGCCCGACCACUCUGACGAUAAUCGGCGGGAUCAUCACAACCAUCUAGAGCGGAAACGACGUGCAAGCAUAAAGGGUAGCUACUGCGAUCUGCGUGAAGCCAUUCCUAGUUUGCGGGGCUCGAAAGCUUCGAGAGCUGUAACGCUCCAACGGGCUGCUGAGUACAUUGAAACACUGACAAAGUCGAAUCGCGAACACUCGUUUUGUGUGGAUGAGCUGACGCGACAGAAUGAAAUUCUUGAACGGCAGGUUCAGGAUCUUUAUCGAAAUUAUCAACGACUGGAGAAUGAUGAGUAUGCACUGACCCAGGCGGCAGCUGUUGCACAAUCAGGAGUUCCUCUCAAUCAGGCAGGCGUUUCAGGGUCAUUCAAUGCUCCGCCGCCUCCAUCCACUUUGCCCGUCACUUCAUCCUCUCCUGUCACGUCUUCUACAGGGAAUUCCACCCCUACCACUGCAGCGCACGCUCUCAAUUGCGGUAGCACUGGUAGCAGUUGCAACAGCUCAACGGGGUUCACGAUUCCUUUGCGUGUAGUUUCACAACAACACCAACCUGCAAGCAGUAAUACGUCGUCUCCAGAUGAUCCGCCUUCCACGGGAAUUCCGUCCUCAGGUCUGGCUCAACUGAGCUAUGCAGCAUUGCAACUACAGCAGCAGCAGCAGCAGCAGUCGAUAGCACCCCCCCACACGGUUGCUUCCAAACCACCAGUUUCUGCGACCACUGUUGUGACAACAAGUUCACCACCGAUGACGCGCCUCAUCACCUUGGAGCCGUCAAGUGGUGUUCCCUCCUCCACGUCGCGAGGCGUCGUCCCACAGCGCAUACGUCUUUCAAACUCCCUUUCUACUUCUAGCGGAGGGAGGCCCAUUGUCGUAGUCUCGACGUCAUCGUCGUCUUCUGGUACGCCAGCGGCGUCCACCACCUUCUCAGCACUUGACACGGCUGUUUUGAAGGCGCGAACGGCCCGACCACCCCUGGAUCAACAACAGCACCACCACCACGUGGUGGUAGGCAGCAAUGUGGAGGUGAUCAGUUCUCCUACCACUCCUUCUGUCUCCAUUCCUGUCACCCCGGCGCCCAACAUGGCGUCGCCUUCUCAAGGUUUGGGGCAUCCGCGUCGUGUGGUUAUCGUGUCGGCGCAGCACCAUCAGGAGUGCCCACCACCACCAAUCCAGACUGCCCCUAUCGCCUCGACGAAACAAUCUAUCAACCUUGCAACUUCGUCUGACCUCGUGUUCUGCUUUAACAUACCCGUGUGCCUCUGCAUAAAACUGUUUCUUAUUUGUGGGACUUCCUUUGAGGAAGAAAUGCAUGUAAUUUACUUUCGUUUCCCUUCACGACCGCGACUCAUCUCGAUUCGAAAAAUGAGUUACGAUUACAUUAAACUACAUCAUCCGUCGUGCCUCUUUGUCUCAUCCUCGAGUGAUGGCAUUGAUCGCUUUGAGUUCCAACUGCCAUUCUUCCCCAAACUCACCCUUGGUCUGGGCACCAAACCCGGUCGCAUCUUCGCCCUGAAGCGCCCUGCCACUGAGGAGUUCUCCAGCUUUGCGACGCGUCUCAUUGAGAACAUCAACAAAUACUUCGAUCGAUCUCACAAAAACUCCAAAGCGAGUAAUCCUAGCGUUUGCCUACGGGCAGUUGAUAUCAAACUGGAUGAUGACCGAUGGAAGCCCUCCGAUACACUGGGCUCCAUCUUCUCCGCAUCUCAACCUAUGCAAAUGCAGCUGUGCAUUGAGGCAGACACCCCGAAAGUUAUCGUAUUUGAUGUCCGACUCAAUCCCGCCUGUGUGAAGAGCAUGAAGUUGGAUUUGACACUAUUUGUGGGGUGCCCUGCCUUCCCUGCAAUAGCUGGAGAAAACUUGGAUUUAGGAAGGUCGAAGUUCGAGUGGUUUGUCUCUGCGGAGGCCAAAUCGGCGCCGGAUCCUGUCUGGGAGGGGCAGGAGAUGGUACAUGAGGGUUUUGUGUUCACCCCACGACCCGAACACAUCGGCCGAUUCGUCCGCCUGAGGGUGCUUCCCUUCGACUCAGGUGGUCUCCCCGGUGUGCCGUUCGGCGAACCCGAGCUGUCUGCCCUCUGCAGCAGUAAAACAAUGCCCCAUCUGCUUCCCUUCUUAGGCCAAUUUAUCGUCUCCUCGGGACCCAUCACUGAGGCACCUCCUCAAAACCUUAUUUGUGAAAGGCCAAGGCAGGCAAUAAGACUAGUGCAUAUGUACUGUGUCACGACUCCCGCGUGUUCCAGUUCCCGUUCCUCGACCCUGGCAACAGCCAGUCGUGUGUGUGCGCGCAGGUUCAAGGAGAUCGCGAGUCGAAUUAAGGGGACGAAUGAGUUUCGACUGAUCUGCUACAACCUUCUGGCCUUCAUGUACAGCGGCACGGAGAGCGCUCGCACCUACUUUUUUCGCCAUUGCCCACCGGCCUAUCUAGAUCCGAAGUACCGCUUUCCCCUCAUUUACCGUGAACUGCUCGCCUACCAGGCGGACAUCCUUUGCUUGCAGGAAGUGGACACUUCACACUUCCAGCGCCGUCUGUUCUUUCUCCUCCAACAGGCCGGCAAAUUCGAGGGAUGUUUCCUCAGCAAGCUGUUGAUAAACGUCCCAAGUGCGCUGUCAUCCUUGCCACCGUCGGAUCCUGUCGACUCCUAUCCGCGUAAGGAGGAGGGCGUGGCAAUUUUCUUCCGGCGUGAGCGAUUUUGUUUGGUGAAGGAGGUGGCGCUGGACUCCUUGAUUUUACACGCGGAAGCAGAGUACGAGGACCUGGCACGGGCCUACCACGCCCUGGCUGCGUCAGGCGAGGUGCCGCUCGACCUCUGCAUGGGGGCGCGUGCCCACGGUGUCCUUGUGUGUCUCCUCGAGUGUCGCCACACUGGACACCGCCUCCUUCUCGCCUGUACCCACCUCUACUUCCAUCCAAAGGCCCUCAAACUACGCAACAUCCAGUGCCUCACUCUCCGCCGCUUCCUCCUCCAGCUAGCUCGGGAUCUCGCCGUAAAAGAACCGUUGCCGAUAGUCCUGGCUGCAGACUUGAAUGCAGACCUGGACUCGGAGCCCUACCAGAAUCUAACGGGGGCAGUGAAAGACGGGGAGGUACCAGGGCCAGUGCUGGAGGCUGCGAUACCUCUACCGGAUGGCGUCUACACAAAUAUAGUCCCUGGUUUCAAGGCUAACCUGGACGCGGUGCUGUACGCGACGCCAGAUCAGCAACAGGCGUGCCUGCGGGUGGCGCAUGCCUUCCCCGUGCCCUCCGAAGCGGCGGUGCUGGCGGAUGGCCGCAGCGCUCAACCCGCCUUUCCACCCCUCCUUCCCGAGGCUAAGGGUGGUCUCACCCUCCCCAAUUCUCAGUUUCCCUCCGAUCACCUCUCUCUUGCUGUCGACUUUCUUCUCGAAUGA